CCCUAAUUCCAAACCAAUCCAAACACGAAACAAAUAAUGGCUGACCUGUGUCGUUAUUGCGUACAUUGUACGAUGAUAAUAUUUACAUUCUAACUGAGUGACAUUAUUCAACAUUAGUAAUUAUAAUCUGGAUCAUAGUGCGUCAAUUACUUUAUUAGUUAUUUAAAUGCCAAAUAACGUAAUCCAUAAUCAAGAUUGUAAUAAUAACAGAAACAGAUAAACACACUAAAAGUUAUUGAAAAAAAUAAAGUUGGCAUACGCAAAUGUGCAUCACAACAAAUAACAUUCAAAAUAAUAAUAAUUUAUUGUUAUUGUGUACAUGCAUCCAUUGUUACAAACUUAAUGAUGGAAACAAAUUGUGGCCCUGGCAUUUUAAUACGGUUAUUAAUUUAAGUAGGUUUUAUAAAUAUUAUUUUAUUGUUGAAAAAAAGCAGUGUUAUAUUGAUGGUGAUGUUGCCGAUGUCUGAGUCAUUUUAUUCUUGGUAUUUAUCAUCAUCAUAACAAGCUAUUGAUAAUUAUUAUCAUAAUGGUUCACAUACCCAAGGCUUAUAAUUACGACUUUUGGGUUAAAACCCCAUCAGACGAUGUUGAGUUGACAUGCCUUAUGCCUAAUGGUGUUAUUAUACCAUUAGAAGUCAAUCGCAAUACCACUUUUGGUGAAAUUAAAGAGGAUUUAUGGGAAGAAGCAAGUAAAUACCCACUCCAUGGUACUUUAAAAGACGCACCGUCUUAUGUAUUUUCGUGCAUAAACACAAACGCCGAAGCCGAAGAAAUAAGAGACGAAAGUCGACUGUGUGAUGUUAAACCAUUCUGCUCUGUAUUAAAAGUCAUCGAGAGAGAAUGCGUAAAAAGCGACAGAAAUUUGGAUUCACAAAUAGGUUCUCUGAUCGGCAAAGGUUUGCACGAGUUUGCUUCAUUAAAAAACUCCGAAGUUAAUGACUUCAGAUGGAAACUCAGACUUCUCGGGGAUGAAUAUGCACAAGCGAGACGUAAUAAACAGUGGGAGGAAAAAGUUCGGUAUCAGUUUCGACCCAGACUGGCUCAAACGCCAGACAUACCCAAAAAUAUUGAAUCUCGACUUAAAGAUGGCAAUAUGGUUGUCGUUACCAAAUUUGAAAAUACCGAGACGACAUACACCUUCCAAAUAUCUCACGACACAACACCAUAUCAAUUAAUAGUUUUAAUAUUAAACAAACGUGCGAACACACUGAUGUCAAAGGGUGAAAAGCCGAAUGAUUUUACACUGAAGAUCUGCGGCCAAGAAGAAUAUUUAAUUGGCGAGCAUCCAUUAAUUCAAUACACAUACAUUCAGGAUUGUAUAUCUAAGGAUGUGUCACCAACAUUGAUAACAGUAAGCAUUCGCAAUGUUAUGAUCGACAACGAUAACUCGUUAGAAAAUCCAGAACUGGAUUCACUUAAACGAUCGCGGCCAACUUUUUCAACUUUAACGUUGCGGAAAAAAGGCAAACAUAUAUCCGCGCUUAAACUUGAUAGUUAUUUCGAGUUUACAGUCAAUGGAAUUUCACGAUUAAACUGUGACGCUGCUCAUCGAACUGUCGAGGUCGGAGUACAAGCUGGUUUAUUUCACGGUGGUAAAUCACUCUGCGAGAGUCGAAAAACCAAAGAAAUGACCGUUUCACCAGACGGUAGUUGUACCUGGGAUGAAACACUUAAAUUUGAUCUUCGUGUUAAAGACAUACCUAAAAAUGCGAAGCUGUGUUUUGUCCUUUACGAGUUAAGCAAAUCAGGAAAAGGCCUAAAAAAUCGUAGACUGAUAAAAGAUUCUAAACAAGAGUACUUUAUAAAUGCAAUGUGGUGGGCUAAUACAGCUAUUUAUGACUUCAAGUCUCAGUUAAAAACAGGUGCAAUGACACUCUACACUUGGACUUAUGCUGAAGAGAUGCAAAAUGAAGAUUUACUUCAUCCGCUUGGUACUGUUGUAUCUAAUCCACACAUAGACCGAGCUGCUGCUCUUAUGCUCACGUUUCCUAAUUACGGAAAAGAUAAAUCCGUUCUCUACCCAACACCCGAGAAACUCGUAGAGUACGCAGCGAAAUUACGCGAGUCUUCUGAAGACCGUAGCCUUGAAUUGGAAGCUAACGAACAGCAAUGGGAGCAAUUAAAAUUAUUAGCAGACCGCUAUCCACUGCACGAGCUUCACGAACAAGAAAAAAAGACAAUGUGGGCUUUGAGAAGACAGUGUCUCACUAAAAUGCCGAAUUUAUUACCAAAAUUGCUGCAGUGUGUCGAGUGGAAUGAUCACAGAGAAGUAGCUGAAGCUACCGCUUUAAUCCAGCAGUGGCCGAAACUCCCGGUGGAGAAAGCUCUCGAGCUUCUGGACUUUGCAUACGCGGACCAAAAUGUCAGGAGUUUCGCCGUUCGCUGUUUGAAAGACCUGAGAGAUGAAGAAUUAAAUCUCUAUUUACUACAAUUAGUUCAAGCGUUAAAGCACGAAAAUUAUUUGUCGUGUGAUCUCACUGAAUUCUUGCUAAGGCGAGCGUUAGAUAACCAGAGGAUAGGUCACUAUUUAUUCUGGCACCUCAGGCCUGAAAUGCACGUAGCGUCGGUAUCAGUGAGAUUUGGAUUAAUACUUGAAGCUUAUUGCCGAGGAGCUCAACAACAUAUGAAACAUUUAAAAAAACAAGUUGAGUUGUUGAAUAAAUUGAAAAAUUUAUCUGAACAAAUAAAGCUGAGAAAAGAUCGUAAAUCUGCGCUUCAAUAUUUGCACGAUUUUCUGCAAGAAGAGCAUUGCCAAGAGGCGUUGUCUAAUGUAUUAAAUCCACUGGACCCGCGCUAUCGAUUGCGACGAAUUCGAGCUGAGAAGUGUCGAAUUAUGGACAGUAAAAUGAAACCACUGUGGCUUGUCUUUGAAAAUGCAGACACUUUUGGAGAAGAUAUUUAUGUUAUCAUGAAACACGGUGAUGAUUUGAGACAAGAUAUGUUGACAUUACAGAUGUUUAAAAUAAUGGAUAAAUUAUGGAAAGAAGAAGGAUUAGAUUUUCGUAUGAAUUUAUAUAAUUGCAUAUCUACUGAUCAUAAAACCGGGAUGAUUGAAGUUGUCUUGAAUGCUGAGACAAUUGCUAAUAUCCAGAAGGAAAAAAAUAUUUUUUCUGCCACAGCUGCUUUCAAGUGCGGUUCAUUGAUCGCUUGGCUCAAGGAUCACAAUUCGACAAAACCAGAGCUAGAUAAAGCGAUUGAAGAGUUCACUCUCAGUUGCACGGGCUACAGUGUCGCGACUUAUAUUCUUGGAAUUGCUGACCGUCACCCGGAUAAUAUUAUGGUGAAGAAAAGUGGACAGUUGUUCCAUGUGGACUUCGGGCAUAUUCUAGGUCACUUCAAAGAAAAAUUCGGAGUCAAGCGUGAGCGUGUACCUUUUGUGCUCACUAAUGACUUUGUUCAUGUUAUUAAUAAGGGACAGGCGAAAAAGAGUCAAGCUCCGGAGUUUCAGAGGUUUCAGGAGUACUGUGAAACGGCUUUUUCGGUAUUGAGGUGUCAUGGCGGGUUGAUUGUUUCGCUUUUUGCUAUGAUGAUAUCAACUGGAUUGCCGGAACUCUCUUGCGAGAAAGAUCUUAAUUAUUUGAGAGACACUUUGGUAUUGGAGAUGUCAGAAGAAGAAGCACAAAAUCAUUUCAGGAGUAAGUUCAACGAAGCUCUUGUUAAUUCAUGGAAAACUUCGUUAAAUUGGGCGUCGCAUAAUGUCGCCAAGAACAAUAAAACAAUAUAAAUAAAUAAACAAUUAAUAACAAAAAUAA